AUGUAUUUAAAUAACCCCCUUAUAUCUCUAGUGAAUUCUUGUUGCCUAUUUGCAGAUUCAUUUUGUGAUACAAACUUUUUUUUCAUUCUUCAACAGAAAAAAAACAUCAAAUCAACUGAAUCUUUGGAUCAGAAUGAAAUCGUUGUGGCUCAGACACAAGAAGAAGAAGAGCCAACAGAAAGCUUCUGCCUGGUACAACCAAUUGAAAUUGGCCAAGUCAUCAGCCAAGAAACAACCGAGACCUCUGGCGUUACCAGCUGCCAAGAGGAACCAGUGCAAGAAGAACAAACUGGCACCAACAACUGCCAAGAAAGCCCAGAGGAAGAGGAUCUGGGAAAUGAGGAGGAGCCGGAGGAAAGUGCUCAGGAAUCAUCUGGCACCAACACCAGCCAGGAAAGCCCAGAGGAAGAGGAUCUGGGAAAUGAGGAGGAGCCGGAGGAAAGUGCUCAGGAAGAACAAGUGAUUGAGCACGAGGGGGAGAAUUCCAUCAACUCCCCCCAACCACCAACCCAAUCCAUCAACUUCCUCCACUGUCAGGAGGAAAACAAAACUCCGCUCUCAAAGAUACUCCCGAAAACCGAGAAACAUCUAAAAAUCGGAAGAGUCAUUGGAGAGGGUCCAUUUUGUCGAGUUCAUCUGGGAUGGCAUAUUGACCUACAAAAAGAAGUGGCCAUAAAGAUCAUCAAUGACCCGGAGAAUGAAAAAUACCAGGAAGAAGAACUGGAAAUCCUCCGGAAGGUCACCGGCCACCGCAAUGUCAUCAAGUUUUACGGGGCAUUUUAUCACCGGGCCCCGCGCAGGAGCACGCCGAAUAAAGGUCUAUCGAUCUCUAUGGAACUGUGCACUGGUGGGACCAUCCGUGACCUCAUGAGCGGAAGGAAAAACAAUUCUUUGGGCGAGAAGUGGACGGCUUAUAUCUGUAAAGAGGUGAUAAAGGGUCUGUGCCACCUAGAGACAGUGGAAGUCAUCCAUCAUGACAUCAAGCCCAUCAAUCUAAUGCUGACGUCAUCCGGCAAUGUUAAGAUUGGUGAUUUCUCAUGCGCCACCAUGGGAAGGAAGAGUUCGAGCACGGAAGGAACUCUAACAUAUAUGGCACCGGAGGCACUUGCCUGUAUGAGAAAGAAGAACCUCGACUAUGACCACAAGGCGGACAUCUGGUCAUUGGGAGUGUCAGCCCUGGAAAUGGUAGAAGGUUAUCUCCCAUACAGACAGCUCAGUAAACAUCAGCUGAUGAACCAGAUUCUUUUUGGUCCUGCUUUAAGACCAACCUGGGACAAAUGGAGUGAAGAAUUCAAUUUCUUCAUCCAAGAAUGCGUGCAGAAAAACCCAGCAAAAAGACCAAGCGCACGGCAGCUUCUCCAUCACCCCUUUAUCAGCAACCUGUGUGAUGAAGCAGCUGUGAAGAGGAGCAUUGCAAAACAACUGCAAAGAGGCUGGAAGAACUGAAGACCUGAGGCAGCCAUCGGGGG